CGUAUUAUGCUUUAGUAUUCCACGCUUUGCCAUAUUAACAUCUACAAAAUUUUAAAUUAACUGCGUUUAUUGUAAGAUUAUAUAACGUUAAAUCAAAGUUUAAAUCAUUAUACACCCGCAGCGAUAAUGAAGAUUAAAAUUUCGUUAUGCAUUUUCUUCUUAAUUGUGAGAAUUAUUUUUCCAGCAAUAUUGAGAUUCAACACUACGUUUCAUGGAAUUGUAUACGGCUCUUGCAAUAAGUUUUUGAAGCCUGUAUACAAAAAGCAUAUUUCGAGUGCUAACUUCAAUCAAUCGGCAUUUUGUUCAGAUGUUCACACGCAUACCCAUAAAAGUUGCAAAAAUGCAGUGGAUCAACUCUGCACCUUAUCCCCAUUUGGUACACUAGUAUGGUUAUGCCAGUCAUUUUUGUCUUCGAAAUUGUGUCGAUGAGUCACAAGUGCUGAUAAAACAUGGAUUUUUUGUCCCACCGCAGCAAUUCAUACGUUUAAAAAAUUGCAAAUAAAUUAAAUAUUUUAUUUUGUGAAUCAUUUA